GGCCAACUGAAUUUAAGUGAAUCACUGUCAGGUGAGACAAAGACAGAGAGAGAAGCAAGCAGACAUGAGUUUGACGGACAAGGACAAGGCUGCGGUCACAACGCUUUGGAACAAGAUCUCCAAAGGAGCUGAUGCCAUUGGAUCAGAUGCUCUGGCCAGAAUGCUUGUGGUUUUCCCCCAAACCAAGACGUACUUCUCCCACUGGCCUGACCUGAAACCAGGCUCUGCUCCCGUAAAGAAGCACGGCAAAAAGAUCAUGGAAGGCGUUGCUCAGGGGGUGUCCAAGAUCGAUGACCUGAGCAAUGGCUUGCUGGACCUCAGCGAGCUUCAUGCCUUCCAGCUGAGGGUGGACCCAGCCAACUUUAAGAUCCUGGCCCAAUGCCUCCAGGUGGUCAUCGCCACCAUGUUCCCCAAUGACUUCACCCCGGAAGCCCACGUCGCCUUUGAUAAAUUCCUCUCCAACUUGGCUCUGGCUCUCUCUGAGAAGUACCGCUGAUCUGGGCUCAACCACACCGAAGCCAUGCAUAACUCAGUGAACGCAACGGAGCAAUAAAAAGCAUGCCACCCAA